UGGUUUUGUUUCGGAAUUAUGGCACCGUUUACCCACAAAAAACAGCUACUUUACCCAUUACAAACGCCAUUCCUUACAUUUAUUACAACAAUUCUUUAAACAUCAGCAAGAACAUCGUACUGUCAGUCACGAAAUAUUUGAUUGCGUGUGUCAAAAGAAGAAGAACAGGAAGAAGAUAACAAAAGAAAUUAAUAUCUAAUCAGUUUGAAUAGUGAAUUGAAUUUGAGUAUUUUUUUUAACCCUAAUUGUCGCAGUUCCCAUUGUUUGCGAUGAAGACGAAGUUGGUCAGCCAAUGGUAUCAGGAGCCUUAUCCUCCAAUUUUAGUUGCUUUCAUCACAUACCCAAUUGGGUUCCCAUAAUGAAAGACGAAUUGUAAUUGCAUCCAAUUUCCAUGUCGUUUGCUUCACUCUGAUUUUCACAAUCCCGCUUUGAAUAGUGAUUUUCCCCCUUUUUUUCGUCGCAUCGAGAAGUACUGGCAGAGAGAGAAAGGGAGGGGUUUCACCUGGAGGAUCCCAAUUGGAGACAACCCAGAUCUCCGCUUUUUGUUUUUAUUUUCAAUUUAUGAGGUAAACGCUGACCCCUGAUCAAAUUUUGGCGUUUAAGCUAUAGAUUGCGCUCCUUCUGUGGAGUUCAUCCUCGGGAUCAAGCCAUUCAUAUCUUCCAUUGGUCAUCAAAAAUGCUGUAAGCAAAAGACGUUUCUCGCAUAUUCCGUGAAAACUUGGAACAUGCGACGAUUCUUGUUCUGUUUUUAGUCUACUUUUCUGCCUUUUUCAUGAUAGAUUACCCACUUCGGAUUUCAAAGGAUUUUUUCAUUCGUAUCAAUAAGUUCGAUGGAAAGUGAUGCAUUCUGAUGGGGUAUUGAGUUAUUAGGGACAUUUUUCUUUCAAUUAAUGGAUCGAGAAGAAAGGAGUCGGCAAGAGGGUGGUGUUAUCUCGAGUCGAGUAGAAACAGGGGUGCCUAAAACCACCAACGAUUUGGUUAGUAGCGAUAAGAUCGAGUCCACCAUUGUGAUAAUCCCAGAAACCACUGCGCCUACCGGCGGCGACAAGGACGCACACGCCCCUGGUAGAGAAACAAGGGAGAGUUCGAAUCUGAACACUUUAGAAACUGUAGUGGUUAUUGAUACGGGUGGGGCUGCAUCUGGAGGUGGAGAUGGAGAAUCGGUUGUGAAGAACAAGGGAAUGGUGUCGGGGAAGGAUUUGGAAAAGAUGAAUUUAAAGUCAAAGAUGUCAGAAGCAAAGGAGAAUCCGGCGUUGGUAAAUGUAAAGCCAAUAGAGGGUAGAGGGUUUGUUGAAGACUGGAAUGGAGAAAGGGUGUGUAGGAUCUGCCAUUUGGCUUCCAACCAAGCCUCAGAGCCUAAAACUGGGACCAGUACUUCGGAGUUGAUUCAACUUGGUUGUGGCUGUAAAGAUGAGCUGGGAAUUUCUCAUACUCACUGUGCUGAGGCAUGGUUCAAGCUCAAAGGAAACAGGUGACAUGAACAAUUAUACAAACGACAGAAUGGCGCAAUGACAAAGGUGCGCACGUAUUUAACGAGCACAGCGCUCCGGAGUUUGAGUAUUGAGUGGUUUCCCAUUGAUGAACUCAACUGUUUGUUUAUGUACAUAUGCAUGUGAAAUAUAAGGAAAAGAGUCCAAAAACUACAAUUUUCUUUUCAUACUGUCGAACGAGCUGAUGAUUAUCUAAUCAUAAUCGUAAUCAUUAUGACAUUUUGAUCAAUACAGAACGUGCGAAAUCUGUGGCGAGAUCACCAAGAACAUUGAAGGAGUCGGGGACAACAGUUUUAUGGAAGAAUGGAACGAGGGAAGGUCAGUAGAUAGCUAUGGAAACACAUCAAACAGGGGUGGGGGAUGGUGGAGGGGACAGCCAUUCUGUAACUUCUUGAUGGCAUGUCUGGUAAUAACUUUUGUUCUUCCAUGGUUUCUUCGUAUAAACAUUUUCUAGCAAGUGUCAGAUAAUAGAAAGCAUUGUUGUGUUUGGCCGAAUGCUGAUUAGAGCAGAUGAAUUUGUGGGUGUUUUUGGUUGUGGUUAGUCAACGACGUUUCUGCAGCUUCUGCCUUCAGAGUUGCUUCAAUAAUUAUCACAGAUUCGUUAGUUGUUCAUAUUUU